GUGGAGAGUACCGGACCCAGGGUGAGGCUGGCCUGCCUGGUUUCAGUCCCCUGGAGGAAGAAUCCUCACUAGCGCAAAUGAGGCCUACUCUGGCGGUGAGUGGAGCAGACGGCCGCUGCCCCACUAUCCAUCGGUGCUCAGCCAAGGCCAGACCCGUUGGGAAAUGCCCCCCCCCCCUCUGGACCGGGGGGGUGAUCCCGGUCCUCACCCCCGCACGCCCCGACCAACCAGGGCGCAGCAGCAGGGCCGCCCUGCUCCGACAACAGGACACAGCAGUCAAGAUGGCGGAGGCCAUAUGUGAUGGCGCCAAAACCGAAUCCACUACAGGCUACUCACCAAAACAGGCAACGAGGCUCAGAAGUAGCCCACACUGCUCCCCCUUCAAAGAACUUGCGGGCAGACCCAACAGGAG